AUGGAUGGCUAUGAGUACACCUUAGGAAGACUUCAAAGCAAAACUAUAUCUGCAUUUGGAGUGAGCAGCAUCUUCAGCCGUGACGCCGAGCUGUCAGGAGUGUCUUCAGCGGAGGGACUCUUCGUGCAGGAGUUGGUGCAACACGACGCGGUUCGCGUCGACAACACCGACACGUCUGCGACACAACUCUCAGCAUCCAACGCGGUUCAAGAGUCCCUCAAGAACAUCCCAUUGUCCAGCAUCAAAGAGCCCCGCCGCUUCAGCGUAGACCGACCGUUCAUGUUCUUCAUCAUCGACCGCCUCGACAACUUGGUCGUCAUCGCUGGAAAAGUCAUUGACCCAGAAGCACCAACGCCGUUCGAAAUUUAA